AGUUUUUAGUCUUAUAAAAACUAAUCUUAGACUAGUUAUUUUAAGAUUUACUUCAUAUAUUAUAUUUAUUAACAUAAGCACUUUAGAACACUAAAUUGCCCUAAUAUUUGAAAUGUCUUAGGUAUGAAAAUAACACAUGCUGAUAUAAAUCAGAAGAAUUGACUUUAUGCAUGUUCAGAUUUGCAGCUAUUCUUAAUUAAAAAGGGGAGUGCUGUCUGAUUCUUGUGGCUGCUGGUGUGAAAAUUUUUGUGCUCUAGUGAUUUGACUGAUUUUUCUUUUUUCUUUGAAAAAUGUCAGAGUUUUAGGCUCAGAAAAGGAAAACUUUUUUUACCACUAUCUCAAGACAAUCACCAUGAAAUGUACAAAAACAAAUUGGAAGUGAGGAAAAUGACUUGGAUAAGUGCCAAACAGGAGAUUAAUGUUGAAGAGGGAAUUUAUCUUCUGUUAAAAUUGCAAGCUUCUUCAAAUAGUAAACUAAAAGUACUUUUAGAACAUUUAGGUAGAAUGCAAGCGUGGAUUGAGAAUAUAGAUACAGCAUUAGUAGAUGGUGACACUAGACUCUCUCCUCUUGAGCCGAUAGAGAAAAAGGCUGUUAAAAAUGCCAAAUCAAAUACAGAAAUAGACAAAAUAUGCAAUAAACUCCACAAAAAGUUAAUGAAACUAGAAGAUAAAGAAAGAACAACAUUUUUAAUCUUAGGUUUAGAAGAUAAUGAUAAAAUGGAUGAUUGUUCAGUUAAGGUUCAAAAACUUUUAAACAAUAAUUUAAAGAUUUCAGCUGUAAAUAUUAAACAUGCUUUUAGAGUUGGAAAAUUUAAACCAAAAACAAAAAAGACUGUUACUUGUGAGUUGUUUAAUUUUGAAGAUAAAUUAAAAAUUCAUAAAAAUAUCAGUAAUUUAAAAGAUUCAAAUAUAUUCAUUAAUGAUGACUAUUUGAGGAAUACCAGACUUAUCAGAAACAAAUUAAUGCUAUAUGGUAAAGAAAUGCAUUUAAAAGAAGCUAAGUUUGUUAAAUUAUGAUAUAACAGAUUAUUCAUAGAUAAGAUAUUUGCAUGUAAUUACAAUGGUGAAAUCUUCCAAACAGAUGGAGAACAAUGUUUUUUUAGGAAUAUAGUUUAUAAUGACAAACAACAUAACCUUAAUGACAAAGAUGAUAACAUGAAACUUCUUUUCUACAAUAUUGCAGGUUUACAUAAUAAAUACUGCUUCCCUAACUUCUGGAACUUGAUAUAUAAUAUGGAUAUAUUCUGUCUGGUGGAAACAUGGCAUACAUCUUUGACAAUUGAGUCAAUUUUUUCUGAUGACUAUAAAAUUUAUCAUCAAAUAGCUCAUAGUUGUGAGGGGCCUGGAAGACCUGGUGGAGGCUUAAUUGUCGGACUCAGAUCAGAUGUAAUUUCUAAGGUUAAACUGAUAUUUCAGACAUAGCUUAUACUGAUUUUACAACUAGACACUGAGGAGUUAACUAAUAUAUAGCUAAUAGUGUUCUAUAUCCCGUCCGACAGUAAUUAUGAUUAUUUCAAAAAUACUUUGUUGAUUAUAGAAGAUUACGUUCUACAUGGAACUAAGUUGAUUUUGUGUGUAGAUUUUAAUGCUAGAAUGAGACAUCCUGAUCAUUUGUCAUGUUUUAACAGUGACAAAUGAACAGGCAAAUUGUUCUGAGUUUCAAAGGAUUCUACAUUUAAUAACAGAGGGAAAUUUUUCUAUCAUUUUUGUGAAGCUAAUAGUCUUAUUUGUCUAAAUACUUUAUUGCCAGGAGAUAAAGAAGGUAAUUUUACUUUCCGUGCAAUCAAUGGAGCCAGUGUAAUUGAUUUCAUAAUAGUGUCACAAGAAAUAUACUCUCAUGUUGUAAAUUAUUUCUGUCUUAUCGGAGAUAGGCUCAGACCACUCACCUGUUCUUGUAAUAACCUUGCUGAUUUCAUCCAGAAUUCCUAAUAGUCAAUUCUUUGGUAAGCAUGCAAUAUGGAGAGAUGA